CACAACUGCUUGCAGGGUUUUUUUUUUUUUUUUUUUUAAGCAAUUAAGUGAUAAUCGAUAUGGACGACUAUCAAGAGAUGGAGAGAUUUGGGGUGGAGAAUGAUUACGAGGACGGGCAGUGGAUAGACGGUGAAUUCUACUACAGAAAACGCAAGGAGAAAAAGUCUCAGACCAAGGAUGACGUCCUUUAUGGUGUUUUUGCUUCGGACUCUGACUCUGAUGAUGAUCGUUCUUCCUCUAGAAAGCGGCGCAAGGACCGGGAUUUCGGAAGGAAGCCCGAUUUGUCCAAACCUGUGAAUUUCGUCUCCACAGGUACGGUGAUGCCUGACCGAGAGAUUGAUAAGGAUUCAAGAAAGGAAAAUGAUAAUAUUUUUGAUGAUGGCAAUGAUGAUAGGCCUGUAUUGGGUUUAGGGAGUGCGAACUUGGGGUCUGGAUUAGGUUUGGGGUUUAAAGCAAAUGAUAGUUCCAAAAAACAUGAGAAUGGGUUGAGAAAUAGCGUUCUGGAUGAUGGUGAUGCUGAUAAUGAGGAUGAUAAUUUCUUGCCCACGGCUUUCGGGAGGAAGAUAAAGGAGGGGGCACAGAGGAGGGAGAAAGAGAGGGAGAAGUUGAGGAUGGAGAAAAAAAGCCAGGAAGGGAAGAGAGAAGCCGUGACCGGAGAUGUUGGAGAGUUUGAGAAGCAUACUAAAGGUAUUGGAAUGAGGUUGCUCGAGAAGAUGGGGUAUAAGGGAGGUGGGCUUGGGAAAAAUGAGCAAGGUAUUGUGAAUCCUGUAGAGGCAAGAAUGAGGCCGAAGAAUAUGGGAAUGGGAUUUAAUGAUUUCAAGGAGACGUCUAAGUUGCCAAGUCUGCAGCAGUUAGAGGAGAAGAAGAGUAUGGACCAGCAGUCGGUAGGGAAGCCAAAAGAAAGGCUUUGGUCAAAGCAUGCAAAGGGGAAGAAGAGGGAGUAUGUUACAGUGGACGCAUUGUUGGCCAAGAAGCAAGAACAGGCUGUUGAAGUUGUCCAGAAAGUUAUUGAUAUGCGGGGUCCUCAAGUUCGUGUUUUGACCAACUUAGAGAACCUAGAUGCAGAGGAGAAGGCCAGAGAGGAUGAUGUCCCCAUGCCUGAAUUGCAGCAUAAUCUAAAGUUGAUUGUUGACUUGGCAGAGCUUGAUAUUCAGAAGAUUGAUAGAGAUUUGAGAAAUGAGAAAGAGACAGCACUCAGUUUGCAGAACGAGAAGGAAAAGUUGGAGAUUGAGGCUGCACGACAGAAACAGCAGUUGGAUAAUAUGGAGCAAAUCGUCAGUGCACUUGGUCGAAUUGAGGAACAGAAUUCUUUGGGAACAAUGACUUUGGACUCGCUGGCAAAGUCUUUUAGGGACCUUCAGAGGAAUUACACUGAUGAUUAUAAGCUAUGUAAUCUAUCCUGCAUUGCAUGUUCUUUUGCAUUGCCUUUGUUCAUUAGAAUGUUUCAAGGUUGGGAUCCUCUUAAAAAUCCUUCACAUGGAAUGGAGGUUGUUUCAUCUUGGAAGGAGGUAUUGCAAAGAGAGGAUAAUCAUGACAUAUGGGAGGAUGUAUCAACACCUUAUUCUCAAUUGGUUUCAGAAGUUGUUUUACCUGCAGUGAGAAUAUCUGGUAUCAACACAUGGGAGGCCAGGGAUCCUGAUCCGAUGCUUAGAUUUUGGGAAUUAUGGGAAAAAUUGUUGCCAUCUUCCGUUCUUCACACCAUUCUUGAUGAAGUAGUUAUGCCGAAAUUAUCAAGUGCUGUUGAAUCAUGGAACCCACUCUUGGAAACUGUUCCAAUCCAUCUUUGGGUGCAUCCGUGGCUGCCAAUGUUGGGACAGAAACUGGAGGGUUUGUAUCAGACCAUUCGCUUUAAGUUGAGUAAGGUUCUUGAUGUCUGGCACCCAAGUGAUGCAUCUGCUUAUACAAUACUGUCACCUUGGAAGGCUGUGUUUGAUUCAGUGAGCUGGGAACAGCUUAUGCGUCGCUAUAUAGUUCCAAAGUUGCAGAUUGCUUUGCGAGAGUUCCUAAUAAAUCCAGCAGAUCAGAAGCUUGAUCAGUUUUACUGGGUUAUGUCUUGGGCUUCAGCUAUUCCAAUCCAUCUUAUGGUUGAUUUAAUGGAGAAAUAUUUUUUUGGGAAAUGGCUGGAAGUUUUGUAUCGGUGGCUGUGUUCAAAUCCCAACUUUGAUGAAAUUAACAAUUGGUACCUGGGUUGGAAGGGACUUCUACCACAGGAGCUUCUUGCCAAUGAAAGCAUUCGAUAUCAACUUAAUCGUGGGCUUGACAUGAUGCUCCAGGCUGCUGAGGGAUUGGAAGUGGUCCAGCCAGGUUUGAAGGAGAACCUUGCCUAUCUCAAAGUGAGCGAACAGAGGCAGUUUGAAGGAUAUCAGCAGAGAGCAGCUGCACAGGCACCAGCUGCAGCAGGCCUGGGUAGCACAGCUCAGGUGGAUGGUGUGCCCGAGCUGAGUUUGAAGGAAGUUGUUGAGGCUUUUGCUCAGCAACAUGAGUUGCUAUUUAAGCCUAAGCCUGGAAGGCUGCAUGAUGGCCACCAGAUAUAUGGCUUUGGUAACAUUAGUGUGGUAGUUGACUCACUAAAUCAAAGGGUUUAUGCCCAAAAGGAGGAUGGCUGGUCCUUGGUCUCACUUGAUGAUUUGCUAAGGAUGCAUAAUAAUUCACUGAGAAACAGGCAUUGAAUUUGAGAUUGUCAUAUGAAGUGGUUAGGGACGUUCUGUUGGAAUGUAAUCCUGAAUUUUAUACUGCCUUUUGAAAGUUGACAGUGUUUCAAGUGAUGAAAGAUCAGUUGCAUUAAGCGGAAAAAUUUUGAGGGUUCAGGGGGUUAGUUUCACUUUGAUCUUUUACUUGUAAGAACUGCUAAAUAGGAGAAUUUUUUUUACCAUGCUUAAUUUAAUGUGAUGACUAAAAUUUGUGCACUUGGGUAUUUUGAUCUUGGACAGUCAAGUAAAUGUUAAUUUCCCAU